AUGGCAAGCACGUCGGCCGCGGCGGAAUUCUACGCCCAGUUCCAGGCAGCGAAAGCGGACAUCACCGCGGCGCUAGCCACCGACCCAGCGGGUGCGAGUAGUCGCCUCGCCUCGCUCCGCGCCGACCUGGCGGCCGCGCUGCCCACGCUGCCUGCGUACGACCAGCGGAGCUUGGAGCUGCAGGUCCGCGAGCUCGAGGCGAGCCUGCGCGCGGUGCGGGAGAAGGAGAAGCCGAAAUCCAAGUUCGCGUUCAAGCGCGCCACGCCGUCCAGCGGCAGCUCGAAGGCUCCCAGCAGCGCGAAGCCCUCGCCCGUGCCCACUCCGCGCGUAGCCACCCCCGCGACUCCCCAGCUGCCAGACACGACGUAUACCGUCUCGGCACGCACGGGAGCCCGCAUCACGCCGGAAGACUAUACCCCGACAGGCGAAUACACGCUCACCCUGUCCUCUCUCGCCCGCUGCGUGGUCGACCUGCGCGCCUCGAGCGGACUCACGUCGCUGCAUGCGCGCGACUUGGACGGGUGUGUCGUCCUCGCCCCCGUGCUGGGGGGCAGCGUCAUGCUCUCCGGCUUACGCCGGUGCGUGCUCGUGCUUGGCGCGCAGCAGUUCCGGCUCCAUUCGAGCACUGAUACCGCCGUGUUUCUGCACGUGGGGAGCUUGCCCGUCAUCGAGGGGUGUGAGCGGGUCACCUUUGCGCCCUUGCCUGGUGCGCAAGACGCGGAGAAGCGGUACGCCCAGGUGCAGGACUUUGACUGGGUGCGCGGGGGGCCGUCACCUCAUUUCAAGGUGGUGCACGACGCUGGCGCGCUUGAUGGCGUGUUGGAGGGGGAACCGAGCGACGCUGUGGCCAUUGUGGACAAGGUGCUGGCCGCUGUCACCCCCGCGCCUACGGUAGGGGCAUAG